GGUUUCUAUUGCUCAAAAAUAAUUCUCUCAGUGAUUAGAGUUGCAUCUCCACAGAUCUGACAUGUAAUAUAGCAUAUAGUUGUUUUUCCUUGAGACAGAUAGGUUUAAUCUCUACCUUGGAACAUUCCAGGCAAAGCAGUAACAUCUUCAUGAAGACAAGAAGGUCACGGAGCCUCUACCAGAAAAGUUGCGCAAUGCACCUUUAAGUGAAAGCUUUUUAUGUAAGGUUAAACGGGUUGAUUAUCAACCAUAACUGUAAAGAACAACGAACGCUCUACAUUUUUCGCCUUACAACUAGUGACAUGCGCACACAGGCACAGUCAGCAGCCGUGACUAAAGCCUUCCCCAUCCAACCCUGAGGAUCAUUCAACACCAACAGAAAGCCAGCGGGAGCCUGCGGCGGCAGCGGGGAUGCAAAUCACGGAUCAACUGAACGGAGAUAGACGGACAGACAGAGGAUGCCACAGCUCAUUGGCCCGCCGUGUGCGUCUGGUCAUGAGUGUAAACAAUUAGCCUCUUUUUCCUACACUGCGUUCCAGCUUAUGUGAGUAGGCUACACAGCCCCCCAAGGAGAAGGGUCCAACUGCCAGCAUGCCUCCUGUCCAGAGCCUGCAGUCCAGCGGGCUCUCUCUUUCCGAGACGAGCAUGGGUAGGUUCAUUCAAAAGGAGGAAGAGGAAAUCCAUUAUUGUGACAGUGAUGUUGCUCAUUGUAUCUGUGCUCAUACUUGUGUUUGGAUUGGCUGCCACCACACGCACACAGAACAUCACAGUGGGCGGCUACUACCCUGGAGUCAUACUUGGUUUUGGCUCAUUUCUGGGGAUUAUUGGUGCUCAUUUGAUAGAGAACAAGAGGCAAAUGCUUGUGGCAUCUAUCGUCUUCAUCAGUUUUGGUGUGGUCGCCGCCUUCUGCUGUGCUAUUGUAGACGGUGUUUUUGCUGCAAGGCACAUUGACCUCAGGCCUCUAUAUGCUGGUCGUUGUGCAUAUCAUUUCAGUGAGACUGCUUCUGACAGAGAGGUCUCCUGUCAGACAUCAUCUCGAACAACCUGUAACCUCAGAGUGAAGAGCAACACUUGCUACUGCUGUGAACUGUACCACUGUGGCAAAGAACACCCUCUUAUGGGACUUCAGAAUAAAGAUGUUUUGAAAAAAUUUAGGAAAUCCUCCAUGAUUUGGAACCGUGUGGAGGUUCAUGGAGGCUACCAUGAAUACACAGAUGUGAAGGGCUGCCAAGACGUGGUCCAUCUGUACCACCUGCUUUGGUCGGCCACGAUUUUGAACAUUGUGGCUCUUUUCCUGGGUAUCAUAACUGCGGCAGUACUGGGAGGUUUCAAAGACAUGACACCCUCCACUUCUUCAGAGAGUACUUCUGAACCAGAAGCUAUCACAGCGCCAGUCCCAAUAGAGCCUCCUGCUCCUUCCAACUCACUAAAUUCCUAUCGCAACACUGCCCCCUGCCUACCACCAUACACGGCUUAUGACAUGCAGGGGACUUAUGUCUUCCCUGACUCUUCGGGCUUAUCUGAUGAUUCUCAGUCUGGAGCCAGUCAUCUGUGGCCCACUAUGAUCCCUCCUCGUUACUCACCUCCUCACAAUCACCCAGAUGAGAAACCCCCACCAUACAGCCCCUAAAACAUCCAAGACUGUCUGUAUACACAGGAAGAAAAGCACCAUGCAGUCAGGGCAGUUCCUCAAACCUUUACUGGUCUGAUGAGAUGUACCAUUUGACCAGCUCAAGAGGUCAAGAGUAUGAAGACUGGGACACUGGUCAUAAGAGCCCAGAACAUAAACAGCAUAAUAUUAAUGAACAGACUAUUGUACUUGUAAGCAAAGACAGUUUACAGACGUCAACUAUGCCUUAAUGUAAAUGUCACAGCACUGUCAUUCAAGCCUGAUGCCAUCACAUUCUGUAAAUGCUUUCGCACUACCAGGAACUGUAACAAUGCAACUUAUCACUCACUUAGAUCAAAGGGGAUUUUACAGUCAACUCGAUUGUGUAACUGUCGGCAUGUUGGUUAGUUUAAUUUUCACUCACAGUCAGCAAAGAUUUUAAGACAUUUUUAUUUUGUACAUAAAGUGUCUCAAUAUUCUCAUUUAUCUAGGUUAGAAAAAUCUAAAUAUUUUUUGUAGCCACAAUGCAGUACAUCCAUAGAGAUGUGCAAAAAGGAAAAAAACAAGUUGCUGGAUCACUACAAGUAAAAACAUUUCCCACUCUAUAGUAUCAGAAUAGUUUUGAAUGAAAGCUAAAUUUUAUUUAACAGCUUCUUAUCACCAUUGGCUUAACAUUACACCAACUGGAAAUUCUGAUAUAAGACAACACAACUGAACAUUCUUCAAUACAGAAGUAAAUGUAUCAUGGAUGAAAAAUGUAACCACUAAAUUGUAUUCUGGGUGAAACUCAAUAUACACCAUUAUAUUUAAUUAUAAUAUAAUCUAUUUCUACAUUUUUACUUAACUGAUAAGCCCAAUUAUUAUAGGACAGUAAAAUCAAGUUUUAAUACUGUAAUGAAUAGUUUGAAUUUAAUUUAAAAAAUGCUGACUAGGUUUGAAAAAAAGUAUUUAAUUAAAAUCUUGUUUUCUGUCAUGGGAAACAUUUUUUCACCUUCACC